CUGAAAUUAAAUAAUUACGCGAUUCUUUGCUUAAUGUCUUUCUCUACCACUGAAAGUUCAGCUCCAUUAAGUAAGAGACCCUCUUUGUUUUGUUCAACUUGUUAUAUACUCAGCAUGUAACACUUGGUUUGGUAUAUUGUAAAGAUAAUUUUGCCACAUUAUUUUUUUUAAAGGAAAAAGGGAAUUCUGAGAGAGGAUGAAGACAGAACCCAUCAUUUCUCUUCUAGUGUUGGUUGUAAAUAAAUGUGGUUACAUUAUACAGUGAUUGCUUUGUAAUUCAUAUUCCAGAAUCACUGAUUGUUCUGGUUUCUAGGUGCUCCCACCGCCCACUUCCUGGGCAUCCAGCUUAAACCAUCAUGGAGACUAUAGCCUGUAAUGAAUCAGAGGAGUCAUGGACCAUCUUCUACCUUAUGGGCAUCCCUUCUCUGCCAAAAUCCCUCUUCCUUCCUAUCUUCUUCAUCUUUCUCCUCCUCUACCUACUCAUCCUGGUGGGAAAUGCCCUGAUCCUGGUGGCCGUGGUGAUAGAGCCCAGCCUUCACAAGCCCAUGUACUUCUUCCUGAUUAACCUCUCAGCCCUGGACAUCCUCUUCACCACAACCACUGUCCCCAAGAUGCUGUCCUUAUUCUUGCGUGGGGAUCGCUACCUCAGCUUCUCUGCCUGCUUCCUGCAGAUGUACCUCUUCCACAGCUUCUCCUGCUCUGAAGCCUUCAUCCUGGUGGUCAUGGCCUAUGACCGCUAUGUGGCUAUCUGCCACCCGCUGCAUUACCCUGUGCUCAUGACCCCGCAGACCAAUGCUGCCCUGGCAGCCAGUGCCUGGCUCACCGCCCUCCUUCUGCCCAUCCCAGCAGUGGUGCAGACCUCCCACAUGGCUUUUGAAAACAUCGCUCACAUCUAUCACUGCUUCUGUGACCACUUAGCUGUGGUCCAGGCCUCCUGCUCUGACACCACCCCCCAGACCCUCAUGGGCUUCUGCAUCGCCAUGGUGGUGUCCUUCCUGCCCCUUCUCCUGGUGCUUCUCUCCUAUGCCCACAUCCUGGCCUCAGUGCUUCGCAUCGGCUCCCGAGAAGGACGCUCCAAAGCCUUUUCUACCUGCAGCUCGCACCUCCUGGUGGUUGGCACCUACUACUCAUCCAUUGCCAUAGCCUACAUGGCCUACAGGGCUGACGUGCCCCUCGACUUCCACAUCGUGGGCAACGUGGUGUAUGCUAUUCUCACACCUGUCCUCAACCCUCUCAUCUACACACUGAGGAACAAGGAUGUCAAAGCAACCAUCACCAAAAUGGCAUGUCCCUGGAAUCCAAAUAACUCUGCAAAACCCUGAUUGAUAGUGAACUUUAUUUUCUCACAAACACCAAUAACAAUAGAGGUAAAAUUGGACAAUUCAGAUAGCCAAAUAGUUAGAAUAAUAAUUCUUAAAAUACAGUCCUAAGUAUUCUUCCAUUGUAACAAAAUAAUGAUUUUCUUUCCUUAAUGCACAGACAAAAUGGAUUGGGCUUUUCAAUUUUUAAGCUGUGACUCCCAAAUUUCACAAGAUUUGUGUUCACAUUUCCACUAAUUCAAACAAUUUUGAUUCUCAGAGACUUAAAUAUUUGACUAGAAAGAAAUUCAGUUUUUUUCCCUUGUAGAGCUUCUAAUAUUUCUAAAUACCCCCAGGAUGGCUGACACAUAGAUAUGAAUCAGCCUUGCCCUUUUGGCUGGAGUAGUAACUUAGAAAUCCUCUUCAAGGAAAACGUCUGAAACUCCUACCAUCUCAAUUCUUUUGCCUGAAAAUACAUUGCCACUACCAAUGUGUCAAUACCAGCCGUGCAGGAAAUUUACCACUAGUGUCUAGGCCUUCGUAGUGUCCUGAAACUAGAGCAUACCUUUCCUUGAGCUUAUGGUUAGGCAAGAAGUAUUCCUUAGCAAACCUGUACAGGCAAAACAUUGCAAUUCUUUUAAUUUUAAGCCAUGCAAUAGCUUUUUCAUCCAUAACAAUGAGAGCUAAGUCGUUUUCUCUUACUAGUAACAUGCGGUGUCCAGGACCUGCACUCUUGCUCACAAUACAGCCAUAGGUAUUCUUCCUGGCCCUAGAAGCCAGCCCUAUCUCUUUAUUCCUUUUCCCUAUGCCAAAUUUCCUCUUGAAGAAUAUUUUCCACCUAUCACCUCACCUGCUAACUGGCACAGUCUCUCUGUAUCUCCCAUUAAAAAAAAGUAUUUUCAACUUUUGUGCAUCAAAUGACACUAUCAGGAGAAUAAAAAGACAAUCCACAAUGGGGAAAAAUAUUCAUAAAUUAAGGAAUUAAUACCCAAAAUAUAUUAAGAACUCCUACCACUCAAAACAACAACAGCAACACUUAAUUUAGAAAAUGGGCAAAAGAUUUGAAUAGACAUUUCUCUGAAGAAGACAUACAAAUGUCAAAUAAGCCCAUGAAAAGAUGCUUGACAUUACCAUCCAUCUGGCAAGUCAAAACCAUAAUGAUAUAGCACUUACUAUGGAUGGAUAUUAUCCAAAAAUGGAAAAUAGCAAGUGUUAGAGAGAAUGUGGAGCAAUUGGAAAGCUUGAAAAAAAAAAAUGAUGCAGCCACUGUGGAAAACAAUAUGAUAGUUCCUCAAGAAAUUAAAUAUAGAAUUAAUGAAUGAUCCAUCAGCUCCACUUCUGGGUAUAUACCCAAAAGAAUUGGAAGCAGAGUCCUAAGAGACAUUUGUUCACCUGUGUUCAUAGCAACAUUAUUCA